AUGGUGUGUUGUGUUUGGUUCCAGGAGCAGGUGACGCUCCGUAACCUUUGGGAGAUGAGGUUCCAGGUGAUAGUGUCGUACGAACACUCCACGUGGAGCUCUCACUCUGAGCUGUGGCCUCACGUCCCGUACUGGUGGGCCAACAAGUGCAGACCCGAGUCUCUCAUCCAGGUGUUCGACCAUAAGAAACUGCAGGGGAGACCAGAAGGAUUCUUUGUGACGGGCAUCAAUCUAACUGAGGACCUGAAGUACAUCUGCACUCACCCGACCGAGACGCUGAAGGACCUGGUGAUGUCCACGUACCCGGAGCUGCUGGCCUGGGUCCGGGAGCAGACGCCAGGGGCCAAAGCCGAGGCCCUCAACAUCAUUGCGGGGGACUUCAUCACCGAGUGCCACUUUGUACCCAGCGUGGUCAGACUGAACGAGAAGCUUCUCAAGUGGCCCUACUGA